AUGCAGCACCCGUCGCCGGACUCCGACCUGCCGCCUCUCGCCGCCAUCAAGGUCCGCUCCUCAUCUCCGCGCUUCCCACCUCCGACAACCCCUCUCUCAACCGAUACACCCACCGCCAACGCCCAGCGCAAGAUCGGCAUCGCCGUCGACCUCAGCGACGAAUCGGCCUUCGCCGUCAAAUGGGCCGUCAGCCACUACCUCCGCCCUGGUGACGCUGUCAUUCUGGUCCACGUUCGCCCGACCUCCGUCCUCUACGGCGCCGAUUGGGGCAGCGUCGACCCCUCCAUAGUCGACUCCGGCAACGAGGAGUCCCAGCGGAAGCUGGAGGACGAUUUUGACACCUUCACCUCCACCAAGGCGGCGGAUCUGUCUCAGCCGCUCGUGGAGGCGCAGAUCCCCUUCAAAAUCCACAUCGUCAAGGACCACGACAUGAAGGAGAGGCUCUGUUUGGAGGUGGAGAGGUUAGGGUUGAGCACUGUCAUAAUGGGGAGCAGGGGAUUUGGGGCGACGAAGAGAGAUAGCGAUGGGCGGCUCGGGAGUAUUCCUAAUCAACCCUUGGUCUCGGUGCACCAUCUUACAACUGCAGCACGUCGAGGAUAUGGUUUGCGAGCAGUAGUUUAG